UGCUUGAAAUGAAAUCUGUCAGUGUCACUUCUAUUCGACUGUCAACGACAUCUCUACAGCUGUUCUGUUUUGUUCAAGCGAUUCACGGUUUCGCGCAAAUUAUAACCUAAUUUAGUUAUUUCAAGUACUAAACAAAAUAUUAACAAGAUGUUUUCCAUUGAUGCUCCUGUGGAUAUACAAAAUUCGGAAUAUUGUAACUAUAGAUCGCCGUUAAGUACAAGAUAUGCAUCUAAAGAAAUGCAAUAUAACUUCAGUGAUCAGAAGAAGUUUUCGACCUGGAGGAAACUUUGGAUUUACUUAGCUAAAGCUGAAAAGGAACUCGGACUCGAUAUCACGAACGAACAAAUUGCCGAACUAGAGUCGGCCGUCCACGACAUUGACUUCACCAAGGCGGCGGAACACGAGAAACGCGUCAGGCACGAUGUGAUGGCUCAUGUCCACACCUUGGCAGAACGAUGCUCGCUUGCAGCCCCCAUCAUCCACCUUGGUGCGACUUCGUGUUAUGUAGGCGAUAAUACAGACCUUAUCGUGAUAAAACAUGGGCUGGAACUGCUGCUGCCAAGAGUUGCCGCUGUGAUAAAACAGCUGGCAAAGUUUGCUGAAGAGUACAAAUCACUCCCAAUUUUGGGUUUUACACAUUUUCAACCAGCACAAUUGACGACUGUUGGUAAGAGAGCGUGUCUAUGGCUGAGUGACCUUCUCAUGGACGAACGUGCACUGUCACGAGCAAAAGACGACCUCAGAUUUCGUGGGGUCAAAGGUACCACUGGGACUCAAGCUUCCUUUUUACAACUUUUUAAAGGAGAUACGUCUAAAGUCCGAGCACUCGAUGAAAGGGUAGCACAGUUAGCGGGUUUCGAUAAACGUUACCUUGUGACUGGCCAAACUUAUUCUAGAAAAGUCGAUUUGGAAGUAAUUUCUGCGUUAUCUGGCCUAGGCGCAACGGUACAUAAGAUGUGUUCAGAUAUUCGCUUACUCGCUUCUCGUAAAGAACUAGAGGAGCCAUUUGAGGCUACGCAAAUUGGAUCUAGUGCUAUGCCCUAUAAGAGAAACCCUAUGAGGUCUGAACGCUGUUGCGCGUUAGCUCGCCACUUGAUAACUUUACAUGCCAACGCCGCUAACACGCAUGCAGUACAAUGGCUCGAACGAACCCUGGACGAUUCUGCAAACCGUCGCAUAACUCUUGCCGAAGCUUUCUUGACAGCUGAUGCGACUCUUCUUACAUUGUUAAAUAUUUGCCAAGGAUUGGUAGUGUACCCGAAAGUUAUUGGUCGGCAUAUAGCUCAAGAGUUGCCAUUCAUGGCCACUGAAAAUAUAAUUAUGGCUAUGGUACAAAAUGGGGGAGAUCGUCAAGUGUGCCAUGAAAAAAUAAGAGUUCUUUCUCAUGAGGCAGGAGCACAAGUAAAGCAGCAAGGGAAAGAUAACGACUUAAUUGAUCGCGUAAAGAACGAUCCAUACUUUGCACCUAUUCUUUCACAACUCGAUAGCAUACUGGAUGCUUCAACGUUUAUAGGAAGAGCUCCCGAUCAGGUAUCUGAAUUUAUCGAGGAAGAAGUCAAUCCUAUAAUUGUGAAAUAUGCUGAUAUUUUGUCCAAAGUGGAAAAGCCUGUAACCCUGAAUAUUUAAUUUUAUUGUUGUACUAAAAUAAGUUUUAUUGUUGCGAAUGAUUAUGAUUCUUAUUAAUGUUUUUAUUAUUAUAAGGAAUAAAAUUAAAAUAAAGUUUGUUUAAAAAUUAUAUAUUUACAAGUUCA